UAACUAAGCAAUUAGGCGUUGCCCAUCCCUUUCAGGGUUUCAGGGACAGGAAGCCAGUCCAAAUUCUUCUGCCUCCUCCCCAAUCGGAUAAGAUGAACAACAAAAUUUAAGAAAACGCCCAUUUCCCUCUCAGAUUCCUGCUCCCCUAUAAAACCCAUCUCUCCAUUUCAUUCCCUUCUUCGGAAACUCUCAGAAUCCACGCACCACAAACUCAAAAGCCUCAAGCUUUUUCUUUUUCCAUCCAAAAAAAAGGAAACACCAACAAAAGCAACCAACAAUUAUUUUUAUUUUAUUUUAUUUUGGAGGACUUGGGUCAAUCGUAAUAUUGAUUCGCAGCCACGAAUUCUGGGCUGGGAGGAGAAUCAAAAGCCUCGACCUUGAAGGAGUUUCGAAAGCGAUUCGGGAAGUCACUCUCUGCAGUUGAAGAUUGUGGAUGGAAUUGAAUCAAUUACUUGGUCUCUUAUGCCAGUCUGAGUUCAACUUGUGUGGUUCCUACGGCAAUGACAUUGCCGUUUUGAUCAAUAUCGAGGGAUUUCAGUGAGGAUUGCUCUCCUAAAAGAAAAAUGGAUGGUUCAAAUGAAGUUUCAAGCAAUGGUGAAGUUGAGAAUCAUGCCCUCCAGAUUAUAAGAUACUCUCCUUACCAGCCCUGCAGUAAAUUACCUUCAUCUUGGUUUGAUUUGAGAGUCUUCUAUGUGAGGAUUAGUAACUUUAAGGUUGAUGAUUCGACCCCAAAGUUUCUGACUCUCCAUCAUAUUCCUGUAAGCCCGGAUACCCUUUUGGAAGUCAAUGGUGCUAAAACUAGCAUUCACUCUGAAGGUGUUUCUUCACAUCUUAGAAGGGAUCGGGUAGAUAAGAAGUCUGAAGAGGCCACAUUUGUGAAUACAGACAGCAUAAGGUUGACGGGGAGCGCGAGAUUUGAGGUGUAUGACAAAGAUGAUCUCAUCCUCUCUGGGGUGUUAGAGAUGUCUAAUAGCAACGGUUUCAUUGGGGAAUCAAAAAACAAUGUCAAGCGAUGGAGCAUGAAUUGUGAAUCAGAUAUCAGUGCUUGCACUGGAUUUUUGAAGGGGAAACAUCUUGGUGGCGCUGAAUUAACUGCACCAACCAUUGAAGUUUACAUCACAGGAUGCUUCUCUGGCACACCGAUCAUCUUAACCAAGACACUGCAGCUUCAUUUUAGAAAGAAACACAAUAGGAAGAGCACGUUGGGUGCAAUACCAGAGUACGAGACAACCGAAUGCCAGAAAGAUGUCUCUCGUGGAGUUGAUAUUGAGGUAGCAGAGUACAGAAACUACAAGCCGGAGAACGAGGAUGAGUACAACAAUAUGUACUGGAGGAGGACGGAAUAUAUGGACGGUGAAGACGGAGAACUCUCAUGGUUCAAUGCUGGUGUGAGAGUUGGCGUGGGUAUCGGACUUGGCGUUUGCCUUGGAGUUGGCAUAGGGGUCGGUUUGCUGGUCCGCACUUACCAAACGACCACGCGAACUUUCAAGAGGCGCCUGUUGUGAUGUCAACGUGUUUUGUGUGCUCAAUCUCGAAAGGCAGCUAACCUUGUCUGCGUUUAACGUGCAUCUCGAACGACAGAUUUUGACUUAGUACUGUUUGUGUAGCUGACAGUUUAUAUGUUUCGCAUUCUAUGUUGUUUCCUCCAUAAACUCUUGGUGAGAGGUUUGUUUAGAAGAAGGGUGUGAUAGAAAGAGAGAAACAGUCUUUGAUUUGGACAAAAGUAUAUAAAUGGUAAAAUAUUGUAUUUCAUUGUAGUAGAUAACAUCUCUUUCCCCCAAAGCUAAUAAAAUUCGAUUUAAUAAAUUUUA